UUUCCCAUCCCCAGCAGUAACAUUCCAUGUUUUAUAUUAAUAUUUCAACCUUUAUUCCUUAGAAUCCCAUUUCCCUUGUGCACCUAAUUGAGCUCCAACAAUAUUGUCGCAUCCAUGGCCAAAACCAAGAGACUAUGCACCCUUCUGUGUAGGCUUAUGGCAUUAGGUGCCACCGUUUCAGCUGCAAUUGUCAUGGCCACAAGCCAUGAGAAAGCUAACUUCUAUUCAGUUUCUUUCGAGGCAAAGUACAGCCACACGCCUGCCUUCAAGUACUUUAUGAUCGCAAAUGCUAUUGUCAGUGUUUAUGGGGUUUUGGUUCUUUUUCUUCCUUCUGAGAGUUUGCUCUGGCGAUUAGUCGUUGCCCUGGACGUGGUUUUCACCAUGUUGUUGACUUCAAGCAUUUCGGCGGCCUUGGCGAUUGCUCAAGUGGGGAAGCACGGAAACUCUUAUGCAGGUUGGCUACCCAUCUGUGGCCAAGUUCCCAAUUAUUGUGGCCACGUUAAAGGAGCUCUUGUUGCUGGCUUCAUUGGAGUCAUUCUUUAUUUGCUGCUUAUUCUCUAUUCCAUACACAGUGUCCUUGAUCCUCUUCUCUUAAGAAAGAAUUAGAUGAUAAAGUCUCAAGUCCAGCGAGUUCCACCCUUGCUAUAAAUGUUUCUUAAUAGAUUAAUCUAUCAAUGUUCUAGGCCUUCUUCUCCAUUUCUACUGGUGUGGCAUGGGGAUCAAGUCUGGUGACAAAUAUUAUGUUUUUUUUUUUUUUUUUUUUGCUACUGCAUGUUUUUGACAUGGUAUUGUCCUCCAUGGUGAUAUCUAUAGCUCGGAUUAUAAGUUUCAGCUUUAUCUGGACUAAUUAAUCAACUUUUUAAAUUUCUCUU